AUGGCUUCGAACUUGAACUUCGAACGAUUUUACAUCUCGCAGACACUGAUCCCUCUGACACAGGUCGCCAUGACCGCCCCUUGGGCUCGAUCACUCGUCCACACGAGCAUUCGUCGAAGCCUUAGCCGUUCCCAAUUCAGCCAGCCAACGUUUCGCUAUGCCUCAACAACGGUGCCCACCUCUCAUACGAACCUUCAAGGGUCAAGCCUGCCGAAUAUUGCUCCUGAGAAGACAGCAGCGCCGCAAACGCUGACGGAGAAGAUCCUUCAACGCUACUCUGUCAACCUUCCGGACGGAAAGGUCGUUCGAAGCGGCGACUACGUCCAAAUUCAACCUCACAGAUGCCUCACGCAUGACAACACCUGGCCUGUGGCCAUGAGGUUCAUGUCCACGGGUGCCACCAAGAUCAAGGACCCAUCUCAGCUUGUUUUUGCACUUGAUCACGACGUACAGAACAAGAGCCCUAGCAACGUAAAGAAGUACGAGCAGAUCCAGGAAUUUGCGAAGAAGCAUGGAGUCAACUUUUUCCCCGCAGGUCAUGGUAUUGGCCACCAGAUUAUGGUUGAAGAGCUUUUCGUGUGGCCCGGAACCCUAUGCGUUGGAUCCGACAGCCACAGCAACAUGUACGGAGCUCUAGGAAGCUUGGGAGUGGCCUUGGUCAGGACCGACGCGGCUGGAAUCUUUGCUACCGGCAAGAGUUGGUUCCAGUGUCCCCCGGUCGUCCAAGUGAACCUGCUGGGCACACUACCCCCUGGUGUCCGCGGAAAAGAUGUCAUCAUUGCGCUCUGUGGACUCUUCCCAUUGGAUGUGCUGAACCACAGCGUUGAGUUUACGGGAUCCGAGGAGACCAUGGCCAGUAUCCCAAUGGACGACAGGCUGACAAUCAGCAACAUGUCAACUGAGUGGUCCGCAACGUCCGCAAUGUUUCCCAUCGAUACGACACUACAGCGUUGGCUCCGAUACAAGGCCACGGAGGCAGCAAUGCUAGAGGAACGCACUACUCGACAGCGGAUCACGCACGAAAUGGUUGACGAACUCUUCGCCGACCCUCUCCGAGCCGAUCCCGGAGCGCAGUAUGCGAAGAAGCUCUACCUGGAUCUCUCUACUCUUUCGCCUUAUAUCUCUGGUCCUAACUCGGUCAAAAUCUCAACACCCCUCCAUGACCUCGCCAAAGAGAACAUCAAGGUUGACAAGGGAUACAUUGUGAGCUGCACCAACUCGCGAAGCUCGGAUCUCAAGGCUGCGGCCCAGGUGUUCCAAACUGCUGCCAAGUCAAAUGAUGGGAAGAUCCCCAAGAUUGCAGAUGGCGUCAAGCUGUACAUUGCAGCAGCUUCAGCCAGAGAGCAGGCUAUUGCUGAAGAUGAAGGCAGCUGGCAGACCUUGGUCGAGGCCGGAGCCACGGUACUUCCGCCUUCAUGUGGCCCGUGUAUCGGACUGGGCACGGGCUUGCUCGAGGAUGGCGAGACAGGUGUUUCUGCAUCAAAUCGCAACUUCAAGGGCCGACUCGGUUCGCGGCUCGCGCACGCGUAUCUCAGUAGCCCCGAGGUUGUUGCUGCGAGCACCCUGAGCGGCGUUCUUUCCGGCCCAGGCGUUUACAAGGUGCCAGAGGAUUACACGGGAGUGCAGCACGGUUACGGCACCGGAGAACCUGCGACCAUCGAGAAUGAGCUCGGCAAUGUCCUUGAACAGCUCGAGUCUUUCAUCGAGAGGGUCGAGACGACUGCUCCUGUCGGCGAUGGUGCUGCGCAAGCAGCCACGAAGAUCCUACCAGGCUUUCCCACCAAGAUUACGGGUGAAAUCAUCUUUGCUGAUGCUGACAACCUGGACACCGACAACAUUUAUGCCGGAAAAUACACAUAUCAGGACGACAUGACGACGGAAGACAUGGCACGAGUCUGCAUGGAGAACUAUGACCCGGAGUUCAGGACAAUCAUCAAGCCGAACGACAUCCUCGUGUCCGGUUUCAACUUUGGGUGUGGCUCAUCGAGAGAGCAAGCCGCGACAGCCCUUCUGGCGAAGCAUAUCCCGCUUGUUCUGGCGGGCAGCUUCUCCAACAUUUUUGUCCGGAACGGCAUCAACAAUUCGCUGCCUUUGUCUAGAAUUGCCACGUUUGGGGAACGCUGGACUCUUACCUGGGAUAUUACCCGGAGCAAGAUUGAGGUGCAGGAGGGUGAGGGCGGUGAACGCUGGGAGGAGAAGGUUGGAGAGUUCCCGGAGAAUUUGCAAGCAAUUAUUGCAAAGGGUGGGUUGGUAGGAUGGGUUAAGAAUGAGCUAGCACAGGCUGCCUCAUAG